AUUCCUUCCUUGCCCUCCUUCUCCAUUCAAUUCAAUUUCACAAAAAAAGAAAAAGAAAAGAAAAAAAAAAAAGAGAAAAGAAAGCUCUGCAAUUCUUUUUCUCUUCAAUGGCGAUUCUAGUACCAGAAACUCUAACAAGAGACCAGUGUGUGUACAUGGCAAAACUCGCCGAGCAAGCUGAACGCUACGAGGAAAUGGUACAGUUCAUGGAAAAACUCGCCACGUCAUCAACACCUGGCUCAGAGCUCUCCGUGGAAGAGCGCAACCUUCUCUCAGUAGCGUACAAAAACGUGAUCGGGUCGCUGCGUGCGGCGUGGAGAAUCGUGUCGUCGAUAGAGCAAAAGGAAGAGAGUAGAAAGAAUGAAGAGCAUGUGGUACUAGUGAAAGAGUAUAGAUCGAAGGUAGAGAGUGAGUUGUCGAAUGUAUGUGCUGGGAUUUUGAAGGUUUUGGACUCUCAUUUGAUUCCGUCGGCUACUGCGACUGAGUCGAAGGUGUUUUAUUUGAAAAUGAAAGGUGAUUAUCAUAGGUAUUUGGCUGAGUUUAAAGUUGGCGAUGAGAGAAAAUCUGCUGCUGAAGAUACUAUGCUUGCUUAUAAAGCUGCUCAGGAUAUUGCUGUUACAGAUCUUGCUCCAACACAUCCCAUAAGGUUGGGGUUAGCACUCAAUUUCUCAGUGUUUUACUACGAGAUUCUCAAUUCAUCUGAGAAAGCUUGUAGCAUGGCUAAACAGGCCUUUGAAGAAGCCAUUGCUGAGCUGGACACGUUGGGUGAGGAAUCCUACAAAGAUAGCACUCUCAUCAUGCAACUUUUAAGGGAUAACCUCACUCUUUGGACUUCAGAUAUGCAGGAGCAGAUAGAUGAGGCAUAGUUGGAUGGAAUUGUUAUGGCUCUUCCAGGGGGGUGGGCUAGAAUGUCAUGAACUGUAAUCUAAGUAUGAUAUAUUUGUGUAAAACUUGCUGUGGUUUUAGCUUCUCGACUAUCUCGAAGAUCUCAUGUAGCUACUACGACAUAUGGUUGGAAACAAUCAUCUUUUAAUUAAGAAAUGAAUUUCAAUUCCCAGUUGAGCGAUUGAAUUUCA